CCUGCAUCCUCCCCACGGUUCUCCUACCCUCCCUAGUCUUCAUCAUCGCGACUCUAGCGGUGGACCGGCGUGGUCUAGUGUAUGGGGUUUGAACUGAUGUCUCCGCCUGUUAGGAAUUUAAAGUGCCUCUCUCCAGUGAUGUGCCAGUGUAAGGUCAUCUGCAGCAACCGGACUCUCUCUCUCAUGUUCGGUUGCAAGAAGUACAGGUACCAGGAUGAGGAGACCCCCCCCUUGGAGCACAGUCCAUCCCACCUAGCUCCAGGGAAGAGCGCCGAGAUGCUUCACAUGAGCGACAAGAAUCUAGCCGCUAUGGAGGCCAUGCAUGGAUACACACCACACACUCACAUCUCCCCCAUCAAGCCAGUGUUGAUGUCGGCGGGACACACUCCUAUGUACACCUCUGCUGUUUCCACACUGGGAAAUUCUCCUCCGGUGGUGGUGAACACUGACACACUGGAUGGCUCUCCUUAUGUAAAUGGAACCGAAGGGGAGAUCGAGUAUGAGGAGAUUACUCUGGAGAGGGGAAACUCAGGCUUGGGCUUCAGCAUAGCAGGGGGAACUGACAACCCCCAUGUAGGAGACGACCCCAGUAUCUUCAUCACCAAGAUCAUCCCUGGGGGAGCAGCUGCACAGGACGGACGGCUAAGUGUGAACGACAGCAUCCUGUUUGUGAACGAUGUUGACGUGCGCGAGGUGACACACAGCCUGGCCGUGGAGGCACUGAAAGAGGCGGGCGCCAUUGUCCGCCUCUACGUCCUUCGGAGGAAACCUGCCGCCGAGAAAGUCACCGAGAUCAAGCUCAUCAAAGGGCCUAAAGGUUUAGGGUUCAGUAUUGCUGGAGGGGUGGGGAACCAGCACAUACCUGGAGACAACAGCAUCUAUGUCACCAAGAUCAUCGAGGGAGGGGCCGCUCACAAGGACUGCCGACUGCAGAUCGGGGAUAAGAUACUGGCGGUUAACAGCGUGUGCCUGGAGGACGUGAUGCACGAGGACGCUGUGGGCGCAUUGAAGAACACGGCAGAGGUGGUCUACCUCAGGGUUGCCAAGCCCAACAACCUGUAUCUGACCAACUCCUACAACCCUCCAGACCUCACCAGCACGUACUCCCCUCACAUGGACACAGAUCUCGGCCACCCCUACAUGGGCUCGGAUUACCCACAAGCCCUCACUCCCACCUCGCCAAGCCGUUUCUCUCCCGUCCUGCAUGGCAUGAUGGGAGAUGAAGACCUUCCUAGGGAUCCUAGGAGAGUGCUGAUCCAUCGGGGAUCCACAGGGCUGGGCUUCAACAUCGUGGGAGGAGAGGACGGAGAGGGCAUCUUCAUCUCCUUCAUCCUGGCCGGGGGGCCCGCGGACCUCAGCGGAGAGCUGCGCAAAGGCGACCAGAUCCUCAGUGUGAACGGAGUGGACCUGCGUAUCGCCACACACGAGCAGGCUGCAGCCGCCCUGAAGAACGCAGGGCAGACUGUCACCAUCAUCGCUCAGUACAGACCUGAGGAGUACAGCCGUUUCGAGGCGAAGAUCCACGACCUGCGGGAGCAGCUGAUGAACAGCAGCAUGGGCUCUGGGACGACCACCCUGAGGUCCAACCCCAAGAGAGGCUUCUACAUCCGGGCGCUGUUCGACUACGACAAGACGGCCGACUGUGGCUUCCUGAGCCAGGCGGUGGGCUUCAGGUUCGGGGACGUGCUGCACGUGCUGGACUGCGGGGACGAGGAGUGGUGGCAGGCCCGGAGGGUCAGUCCCCAGAACGAGGUGGAGGAGGUCGGCUUCAUCCCCAGCAAACGCAGGGUAGAAAGGAAAGAGUGGUCUCGCAUGAACACCAAAGAGAGGGACCACAGUCGGGACAGCCUGGGCUCUCAAGGGAGAGAUGACUCGGCACAUAGCUAUGAAACAGUCACACAAGUGGAAGUCCACUAUGCGAGACCCAUCAUAAUACUGGGGCCCAUAAAGGACAGGGUGAAUGACGACCUGCUGUCUGAGUUCCCUGAUAAGUUUGGAUCUUGUGUGCCACACACCACGCGGCCCAAGCGGGAGUAUGAGGUGGAUGGGCGGGACUAUCACUUUGUGUCGUCGCGGGAACAGAUGGAGAAGGACAUCCAGAGCCAUCGGUUCAUCGAGGCGGGCCAGUACAACAGCCACCUCUACGGAACCAGCGUCCAGAGCGUCCGCGAGGUCGCUGAACAGCAGGGGAAACACUGUAUCCUGGACGUGUCGGCUAAUGCCGUACGCAGACUACAAGCUGCUCAGCUCCACCCCAUCGCCAUCUUCGUGCGGCCCAAGUCCCUGGAGAACGUCCUAGAGAUCAACACUCGACUGACGGAGGAGCAGGCCAGGAAGGGCAUGGACCGAGCUCUCAAACUAGAGCAGGACUUCAUCGAGUGCUUCUCAGCUGUGGUGGAAGGGGACAGCUUUGAAGAGGUUUACCAUAAAGUGAAGACCGUGAUUGAGGAGCAAUCGGGGCCUUAUAUCUGGAUUCCCACCAGGGAGAGGCUGUGAGGCAGCCCUCCUUUCCCACCCCGAACCCCUGCCAACACCAUCCUCUACCCCUACCCCUGCCAAUCCACCACUCCACCCCUGUC